CUCUCCUGGUCACCACUGUUGGCUGGUGCGGCAGCCAGGGGUCCUGCAGGGCUCUCCCGGGCUAUGGGGACAGAAAGCCAGACAGAGAGAGUCCAGUGUUGUGGGGCAGAAUUACAAGAUGUGGCCCUGUGGCUUUGGGUGACAGGUCCGCAUUUGAAGCCGGGCACAGUACCGGCGGAGUUUGUUAGGUGUGGGGUUUUAUGUUUUACACCGGCGUGUGUUUUCUUGCACAUAUGUGUCUGGCGCUGCACAUAUGAACUAUUUGGGAACUGUUGUUUUCUGCGUAGCUGGCGAGGGCUAAGUGCUGUGGAGGGCGCCGGAGUGCAGGGUGUUGUGUGCCCAGCUGGAGAGGGCAGUUGUGUACCCUUGAGUCUGAGUGGGAAGGUGUCGGGUCCGGUCCCGUUCAUGCGGCCCCGCUGAGGUGUGGUCCAGUCUCGGAGAGGAUGGCCCGCUGGAUGGGUUCUUGGGUCCAUGUGACGAUCAGGUGGCACAGGGGAGGGAGGGCGCGGGGGGAGGCAUGUCUAGAACUCAGGUCCCGCGGGUCGUGCAGGAAGUGAGAAGCCCCAGGGUGUGUCUCAGGUACCCCUAGGGCGGCUGGCACCAGUGUGAGGGGCCCUGGGUGGAACAUGCAGGUUGUGUUUAUGGGAUGGGGGGGCAGCCGAGCGAGGGGAAGGUUGUGUGUUUGCGACAUUCCCUACGGGAUUCUUUUGUGACGUCGUUUGUGGGAGCCCAUCUGUGCUGUUGGGCUGGGAAGCAAGCUGGUCAGAAAACACUUGUGGGGAGGGCGAUGGCGUGACAAGGGCCGUGUGGGCCUCGGACUCUGGAGAUCAGCCGUGAGCUGUGCGUGCGUGCCUGCCUCUGCGUGUUGGAGUGGCCGUGUGGGGCUGCUGUGGGGAUAUGUUAUGAAGAAGGAGGGGAGAUAAAUAUGGGGCAGAGCAAGGGAAGCAGGCGGGAGGCCUGGGUGUUGUCGGGCAACCCAGCUAGUCUGUGCAGGGUCUGUGCGCUAGCCCCUCGCCGGCCCGCCCAGCGCGUCAGGGUCACCGGGUGGAGAGGCCUGGCGGCUGCGAGGAAACUCAACUUGGACAGAGCAGCUCCUUGGCCAUGUUUAUGUAAAGGCCGGGUGUGACUCUUGUCACUGAAAUGGAAAAAAGAAACAUGAAGUUUUCAGUCUCCUCCUGCUUCAACCCUCUCUCUGCCCCCUUGCAGGGAUCUCUGCUAUUCUGUCUCUUCUGUGAUGCACACUGGGCCCCUCCUGCGACCGUGGAAGGGUCUGGGAAUGGAAUUUGCUCACUAGGCAGAUUCCUCAGAACAGGUUUUCCUCACCUUUGGGGCCCAGGCCCUUCUGUAGGGGUGUGUGUGUGUGUGUGUGUGUGUGUGUGUGUGUGUGUUCCAAGUGUACAUAUCACUGUGGUCUGCCCCUGGCCUGGCGGGGAGGGUGCAUGUGCAUGGGGGCAGGGAGGGCACUACGGCCAGGCCCCCCCCACUGCGUGGGGGCGUGCUGGCUAUGUCAGGCCUGCACAACAGGUGCACCACGGCCUGGUGGAGGGCAAGGAGGCCUAGACUAGAACUGAGGAGUUCGGGCCCUACCCCUUCCUCGCUGGCACCUUCCCUAAGUGAGCCUCAGUUCCUCAUCUUUAAAAUGGGGCUAAUCACCUGCCCUGUCCGUCUUCCAACAGGGCUGUAGGUAGGUAGCACAUGGAAAACAUACCUGGAAAGUAGCUACAGUCUGGGGACUAUGCCUGUGCCAGCCACUGUCAGCCCUCUGCCAGCACUGAGCCCCUUCCUGGGGCUUGGUUAAUAACAACAGUAAACACUUAUUUAACACUGUGCACCAGGCACUGUCCUCAGUGCUUUUACGUAUGGUCACUCAUUUAGUCCUCCCAGCGCCGCGUGGAAGUAGGAGUUCUAAGUACCUCCCUUUUUCAAAUGAGCCAGCCGAGGCCCAGGGAGGUAAUUUGCCCAAAGCCACUUAGCUAGUAAGAAGUAAAGCUGGAUUUGAACCCAGCCAGUCUGAUUCCAGAUCAUGUGCUCUUUAUAUGUGUCCUCUACUGCCCUUUUGAAGCUUUCUGUGGGCCUCUCUGUGCACCACCCCCGCCAAACACACACGCACUUCUGCCCAAUUUCUGCAGAACUUAACACCUGCACCAGUCCAUUUCAGAAGACUGGUGUGUUUAAACAGUGACUUAGGAAGUCUCAGCCUGGGAGGGAGAACCUAGCAUCCACUGCUGGAUACUGGCCACAGGAGCACAAAACGUUGAUGAACCAGGCAAAGGAGAGAUUGUUCUUGUCCUGAGGGUCAGGGAGGGCCAAGAGGAAGAUGGCAUUUGAGGUAGAUCUUAACAUUUUGGAGGGAUUUGGGGAAGAGGCUGGGGGGAAGGUUGUAUUUCUAGCAGGAGAACCAGCAUGGGCGAGGGCAUGGAGGUGUGGGACUGCUGGGGAUGGAGAGCACAGCGUGUGCUUAAGGGGAGACUCAUGCAACGCAAGAAUAGAGAGGAAGAUGGGAAUUAGACUCGAAUGCUCAGCUGAGGAAUUUGAGCUUUAUUCCGGAGUGGAGGCCCGAGAAGGUUUCUGAGCCCAGGAGCGAUGCCACCUGAGCUGCUUUGGGGCCGUUGAUCCUCAGUGAGAGGAAGGCUGGAUGGUGGAAGCUAAGACCAGAAGCAGGGGACGAGCUGGGAGGCCAUGGCCUUGGACCAUGAGUGUUAACAAGGCCCUGAGCUAGUUUGGGGGCCAGAGGCAGGUUAGAGGGAAGGUUUCCAGAGCCAUUCCCAAGCUGGGCCACAGGGAAUUCCCUGGCAGUCUAGUGGUUAGGACUCCACACUCUCACUGCUGAGGGCCCAGGUUCGAUCCCUGGUCAGGAAACUAAAAUCCCCUAAGCCGCACAGCAUGGCCAAAAAAGAAAACAAAAAACAAAAAAAACUGGGUUGCAUAUUUGACCAGACUCAGUGGCUGCUGGAUGUGGAGAGUGAGGGAAAGGGUGGAGUCAGAUAUGACACAGUUAUCACUUAGCACGUGAGACCUCGCGUGGUGAUUUCGGUAGCCCGCUGGCCCCGGCAGUGUGGCAGAGGGAAGGACCCUGCAUCUGGGUUCACACAGGCCUGGAUUUGAAUUUUGACUCUGCUGCUCACAAGCUGUGUGACCUUGAGCAAGAACUGAACACCAAACCGCGAACGGGGCCCCUUCCCCUGGAUUCCUGACCCACCCGCAAUCCAGCAACUCAGCUGAUGGAGAGGCAUUUGACCUAGAGGGAAGAGGCCCGGCAGAAGGGACUCGCUGAGCCACCCCCGCUCUGCUCCAUGUUGGCUGUGCUCUCAGGCUGGCGCCAUGCCCCCCCCAGCAGAGGUGACAGACCCGUCCCAUGCCCCCGCCGUCCUGCGCCAGCUCAAUGAGCAGCGGCUCCGUGGCCUCUUCUGUGACGUCACCCUCAUAGCCGGAGACACCAAGUUCCCUGCUCACCGCAGCGUCCUGGCUGCUUCUAGUCCCUUCUUCAGAGAGGCCCUGCUCGCUUCAGCCCCACUGCCCCUCCCACCAAUUACUGGGGGCUCUGCCCCCAACCCUGCCUCCACCACAGCUUCUUCCUCCUCCUCCUCUUCCUCCUCCUCUCCCCCUCCACCCUCACCUCCCGCUUCAUCCCCACCCCGGGUCCUGGAGCUGCCAGGUGUCCCAGCAGCUGCCUUCUCUGAUGUCCUCAAUUUCAUCUACAGUGCCCGGCUGGCACUACCUGGUGGUGGAGGGGACGGGGCAGCCGUGGCAGAGAUCGGCGCUCUGGGGCGGCGUCUGGGCAUCUCCCGCCUGCAGGGCCUGGGGGAGGGAGGUGAUGCCUGGGCACCUCCUGCCCCAGCCCCCACGGCCACCUCGCAGCCUGAAGAAGACAACUUCGGGCCUGGGCCUAGGCCAGCCGGGGAGUGGGAGGGUGACAGGGCUGAGGCCCAGGCCCCUGACUCACAGCCUCCCCUGCCCCGGCGGCCCCUCCCCUGCCCCCGAUGUGGGAAAAGCUUCAUCCAUCCCAAGCGGCUGCAGACCCAUGAGGCACAGUGUCGUAGGGGGGCCAGCACUCGGGGGUCUGCAGGGCUGGGAGCCGGGGGCUCUGGCUCCAGUGGCCCUUCAGGAGUGGACGCCUCAGCCCUGCCCCCACCAGUGGGCUUCCGAGGUGGUCCCGAGCACGUGGUGAAGGUGGUGGGCGGCCACGUGCUGUACGUGUGCGCGGCCUGUGAGCGUUCCUACGUGACCCUGUCCAGCCUGAAGCGGCACAGCAAUGUACACUCGUGGCGGAGGAAGUACCCCUGCCGCUACUGUGAGAAGGUGUUCGCCCUGGCUGAGUACCGUACCAAGCACGAGGUGUGGCACACCGGGGAACGCAGGUACCAGUGCAUCUUCUGCUGGGAGACCUUUGUCACCUACUAUAACCUGAAGACCCACCAGCGAGCCUUCCAUGGCAUUAGCCCGGGCCUCCUAGCCAGUGAGAAGACGCCCAAUGGAGGCUAUAAGCCCAAGCUCAAUACCCUCAAGCUGUACCGCCUGCUCCCCAUGCGGGCGGCCAAGCGGCCCUACAAGACCUACAGCCAGGGAGCCCCCGAGGCCCCCCUUUCUCCGAGCCUCAACACUCCGGCCCCUGCGGCAAUGCCGGCCAGCCCACCACCCGGACCCCCACCUGCCCCAGAGCCUGGCCCCCCACCGUCUGUCAUCACUUUUGCCCACCCAGCUCCCUCUGUCAUUGUACACGGGGGUAGCACCAGUGGUGGAGCAGGGAGUGGGCCGGCCAGCACAGGGGGGGCCCAAGCUGCCUCAGUCAUCACUUACACUGCUCCGCCACGGCCCCCCAAAAAACGUGAGUACCCACCUCCUCCCCCUGUGCCUGCAGCUGCCCCAGCCAGCCCAGCCCCAGCCGGCAGCCCAGCCACAGCCACGGAGGAGGCCAAGGGCCGGAACCCACGGGCCACAAGGACUCUGACCUACACGGCCAAGCCAGCUGGUGGGCUUGGCGGGGGCGGGGGUCCCCCUGCAGGGCCUGGCCGGGGUCCCUCUCAGCUGCAGGCUCCACCUCCACUGUGUCAGAUCACUGUACGAAUCGGUGAGGAGGCUAUUGUCAAGCGCCGCAUCUCAGAAACUGACCUGCGUCCCGGGGAGCUGAGCGGAGAGGAGAUGGAGGAGAGCGACGAGGAGGAUGAAGAGGAGGACGAGGAGGAGGACGAGGAGGAUGAGGAGGACGAGGAGGAGUCGAAGGCUGGCGGGGAGGACCAGCUCUGGAGGCCCUACUACUCGUACAAGCCCAAGCGCAAGGCUGGAGCCGCAGGCCCGGGCAGCAGCGGGGGCGGCGGGAUGCCCAGAGGCCGCCGGCCGCCUCGCUGGAGACAGAAGCUGGAACGGAGGAGCUGGGAGGAGACCCCGGCGGCCGAGGGCCCCGCAGGGCGUGCCCGUGGCGAGCGGAGGCACCGCUGCGGGGACUGUGCCCAGACAUUUGCCACCCUGAGGAAGCUGCGCAAGCACCAGGAGGCCCACGGCGGGGGCUCCCACAACUCUCGGGCUGGACGGAAGCCUUCCACCCGCUUCGCCUGCCCUCACUGCGCCAAGGUGUGCAAGACGGCAGCCGCCCUGAGCCGCCACGGGCAGAGGCAUGCUGCCGAGCGGCCCGGGGGUACCCCCACGCCUGUCAUUGCCUACUCCAAGGGCUGCGUUGGCACCCGAGCCGGGGACGUCAAGGAGGAGGCUCCCCAAGAGAUGCAAGUCUCCUCAUCCAGCGGGGAGGCGGGUGGCGGGAGCGCUGCUGCUGAGGAAGCUUCCAAAACCGCCUCGCUCCAGGACCCUGUCAUCUCAGGGGGGGAGGAGCCCUCAGUGGUGGCAGGAGGGGGUACCUAUGCAUACCCACCUGUGCAGGAAUUUCCACUGGCUCUGAUCGGGAGCGGCCGGGAAUCUGGCAGUGGCAGGGGAAAAGCUGGGAGUGAGGGGCCAGUGGGGGCUGGGCGGGGGGACCGGAUGGAGGGGAUGGGGGCUGCCAAAGUCACCUUCUACCCUGAGCCCUACCCACUCGUCUAUGGGCCCCAGCUUCUUGCCGCCUACCCUUACAACUUCAGCAACUUGGCCGCUCUCCCAGUUGCUCUUAACAUGGUCCUACCUGAUGAGAAGGGUGGGGGGGCCCUUCCCUUCCUACCAGGGGUCUUUGGCUACGCAGUCAACCCUCAAGCAGCACCCCCUACCCCUCCAACUCCACCGCCCCCAACUCUCCCUCCACCAGUCCCCCCUAAGGGAGAAGGGGAAAGGGCAGGGGUUGAAAGAACCCAGAAGGGAGAUGUGGGGUGAGCUCUGGGCCCAGAUCCCCCCUUUCACUAGAUGCCACCCUCCCUGAACCCCCGCCACUACCAGCUCCCUGGCCUCCCUGCCCCUUGGGAGCCCCUCCACACUCUUGUGCAGGGACUUGGGGGCCUCUGGAGCUCAGGGGUCAGGCUGCUUUGUGUGAGAUUGUAGUUUUCCCACCACCUGGGAAGGGAUCUUUGGUGGUUCCCCUCUCAGUUCUCCUCCAGGGAAUGGCCUCCGUGAGGGGCAGGGCCAGCUCCCAUCCCUUCUCCAGCCCUUGGGGCAACUGAGCAAUAUACUUAAAUGAAUCUCUACUCAUAGCCCCCACCAGCUCUGAAUGUCUAACCUGCCCCCCUGAUUCGUAAACCUAGGGGGAAACCAUCUCUCUCACCUAAUGUUCCCCCCUCGUUCUGAAGCUUUCUCUAAGCCCUUGCCCAGAUGCUUCCCAGCACAUUCCAUCCUUUGUGGCCCAGGGCCUGGACCAGACCAUUGUGAUACCUGACACUUACUCACCUGGGAGUAUGGCUUUGGAUUCCAUUCUCCCCGACGGUGGGUUUCUGUGCCCAUUUCCUUCACAUUAAGAUGCCAUCCCUUCCUUGGCUUCCAUGCCUUUGGAUCUUCCAUAUUCCUCCUUAUACUCCUAGACUCUGGAGAUGGCCUCUCCCAUCCAGGUCAAGGAGGUGCUAGGGGGAGGGCUACCUAUCUGUUCCAUGGCUGAGUACUUUCCCAGCCCAGGGCAGCACCAAUCUCAGCCCUACUUUGACCCUCAAAUCUCGUGAGCCCCAGACUCUUCCAAGGCAAAAGAAGUAGGUAGAUUGCACCUCUUCCUGCCUCUACAUAUGGCCUCUUCUGGGCUAAACCAGAUUUGGGGGCCGGGAGGGAGGAGCUCUAUAUGGGAUGGGGAAGGGAAUCUACUUUCUCCCUGUUUUUUUUCCCGAUGGUUUCUCCCAGACUAGACCAAAUAGCCAGAAAAAUGGAUGGGGGUUGGAUGGGUGGGUAAGCCCAAGAUUUGCACAUGACCUCCCAUCCUUACCUUAACCUCCUUUUUUCCCCCAGUAUCACUUCCCUCACCAAUCACUCCAGAUGGUUUUUGGUGAACCAUCCUACUCCCUUGGUGGGCUUUGGGGUAUCCCCACCAACUUUCCCUGCAAAAUAGCACCUUACACCCCAUCUUUGACUCAGUUCCCCACGCCCAAAGAUCCCAGCCUAGGGAUGGGGUACAGGGACCUUAUAAGUCCCUAAUCCCUAAUUUGCACUAGUUAACCCUGGUCAGGGGUCCCUAUGUUUCCUUCCAGUGGGGGAGUUGAAGAAAUGUUUGCUCCUAAUUCUCUUUGAUAACUGGGCCUCCCCACUCUGUGAUUGGAUGAACAUUUUCCAUCCACCCACCUCCCCCCCCCCAGAAAAAAAAAAAACAGCUCACGAGGGGAGAGCCAGUUUGGGGGAGCAAAUUUGAAAAAUGGGAAUUAGAGGAGUGCAGUUUAAAAAGGGGAAAAGUUGUCAUCAAAAUGGCAGCCUUUUUCUCAGCUACUGUUUUUUGGGGCCAAGAUGGCUGCCCUCUCAACUGAUGCUGAAAGGGCAAGAUCAUGGCUUUUGGAGGGAGGGGGUUUGGGGGGAGGGGCAGGACCAACCUCCUGCCUCUUCUCGCCCUCCCAGCAUACGGAAAGGGGAGGUUUUCGACAGGCUCCCUGAAUGUUAACCACGGAGGAGUGUCGCUCCUUCACUCCUCCUCUGUCUCUUUGCACUUUUCUUGGUCUUGGCCACAGUCCGAGUGAAGAGUUUCCUACUGAAUGUACCAUACCGAGUUCCAAUUUUUAAGGGGGAGAAAAGUUUAAAACGGGGAAAAAUGCAAAAAAAAAAAAAAUCACAAAAAAAAUCCCCACAAAUCUUGUUUCUGGCACUUUAGAAAAACUGCGAAUAAAAGUACAUAAUAAAGAAUACAUAUAUAUCUACACACAAAUUAUAUAUAUAAAAUAUAUAUAUAUAUAUAUAUAUAUAUAUAUAUAUACACAGCGGAACCACAAGAGAGACUGAGGAAGGCCUUGGAGGCAGGGGGCAGAUGCGAUAACAGUCCCCCUAUAUCCUUAACCUGCACUCCUCUGAGGCAAAAAGGCACAGAGAUGGAAGGGGUUGAGGAUGGACCAGGGAAUUUGAAUUUCAGAACAGGUCAAAAUUCUAAAACCAUGGACAUUUUGGGAGAACUGAGAAUGUAGACAUUUAUUUUUUUGAAAAUAUGAUUUAGGAAAAUAGUUUCCAGAAUUUGGUGGUUCUGGGCAACAAAGGAGAUUGUGGCGAAAUGGCGAUUAAAAUACAUGUAUCGGAGUUGGGGAACUUGAAUAUUGUGAAUUUCACAUGUUGGAAAUUUGGGAUUUUGCAAUUUUGUCUUUUGAAAAUUAUUAAGUCUUGUCAGUUUGUGCCCUCUUUCCCCAUGUUCCCUGGGAAGAAGGGUGAUGGUGGAGUGGGAAGGCCACUGGUUCUGUGCCACAGCACGCAAGAUUUAGAAUUCUACAGACUCUAGCUCUAUACGUAGUGAGGACCCAGAUUUAGAGAAACUGACCAAUAUUUAUCUCCGCAUUUGUGUGUGUGUCCAACUCUCUAGGCCAAUAAACCAACAAGACAAACGAA